AUGUUUGGUUUCGGGUCCCGAAACGAGUUCAAUGUGGAUGGGCAGACUGUGGUAGUCACCGGUGGCUCCGAUGGCAUGGGCAAAGCUGUCGCACUCGAGCUAUCCGCAAAAGGCGCACAUGUUAUCGUAGUUGCACGCACUGUCUCCAAGCUGCAGACUACCGUCGAGGAGAUGAAGGCCAAUGCGGCGAAUGUGUUGAGGCAGAGAUUCCAUUAUAUUGGUGCCGAUCUCAUUGAUCCUGCCGAGUGCGAAAGAGUCAUCGCAGAAGCUACGGCAUGGAAUUCUGGAGCUGCCCCCGAUGUUGUUUGGUGCUGCGCGGGCUUCUCCCGUCCAGGAUUCUUCGUCGAUGUGCCCAUCCAAGAGCACCGACGUCAAAUGGACACAAUCUAUUGGACAGCGGCCAAUACAGCUCAUGCAACCCUGCGCAACUGGCUGGACCCCGUUGCUCCGAGUGGACAAAUGAAAACCCCCCGGAGACAUCUCAUUUUUACCUGCUCUACCCUUGCGUUCGUUCCCAUCGCUGGGUAUUCGCCUUACUCGCCUGCCAAGGCAGCCAUUCGUUCUUUAUCCGAUACUCUGAGCCAGGAAAUUGAAAUGUACAACGGAGCUUAUACCCAACGGCAUCGCAGUGAUGCCCCAGCUGCGGAUGUCAGGAUCCACACUGUUUUCCCCAUGGGGAUCCUCACACCAGGCUAUGACAACGAGCAGAAGACUAAACCUGAAUUGACCAAGAAACUCGAAGAAGCCGACAAGCCCCAAACGCCAUCGGAGGUCGCGCAAAUAUCUAUCCGUGGCCUGGAGCGUGGGGAGUACCUGAUUACUACCAAUUUUGUUGGUGCCGUCAUGAAAGGCACUGCGCUUGGACCUAGCCCAAAAAAUAGCAUUAUCGGUGACACGAUGCUCAGCUGGCUCAGCAACCUAGUAUUCCUCCAGGUCAUUCCGGACCUUCGCAGCAAGACAUUUGCUUGGGGAAAACAGAACGGACUUCCGAACAGUACUCCGGCUUCAUAA